AUUUCACUCACACUCUCCCGCUUCGACCCUCCAAAAUUUCUCUACCCGCAGACCUGAGAGUUGAGACCGCACUCACCGCAUGCCCGCCGCCCACCGCUCACCUGAGACACCGCCUAGUCGCCUACUGCCCACCGCCCGCCGCUCACCGACUACCGCCCACCGCCUGCCGGCUGCCUGCACGCCUCACGCCCAGCUCGCUGCCUGCACGGCCUCACGCCUCAUGCCCUCACGCUACUCACGGGAGUCACAGCAGAGUGAAUUACUACAGUCUUUGCUGGAUUGACUACAAGAAGGGGGGAAAGAAUAAGAAGCCAUGACAAGAGGAAGAAAGAAUUUGAAGAGGGCUGCGAAAGAAAAAACUGCAAUCCUUCAACAAGGCCAAAGCAUUAUGCAAGUAAUUGACCUCCGUGGCUCCAAUCUAAUCGAGGUAAUGGAUGCAAAUGGUGAAAAGUCAUUAGCAAUUUUCCCAGCUAAGUUUCAAAAGAGCAUGUGGAUUAAAAGAGGGAACUUUGUUGUAGUCGAUGAGAGUGGGAGAGAGGAGGCUAUGGAGUCAGGUAGAAAAGUGGGUUGCAUUGUUACACAGGUGCUCUUCUAUGAUCAAGUUCGUGAGUAUCAAAAGUCUCCAGAAUGGCCUGAGAUCUUCAAAUCUGCAGCAGUAGAAACUUCCAGGGAAAAUUUUGUGAGUCACACUUCUCAGACACAAGAUACUGAAAACUCGAGCGAUGAUGACGGACUUCCUCCAUUAGAAGCCAAUACCAACAGACUAAAGCCUUUCCAAUCAGAAUCAGAGACGGAAUCGGAUUCCGAGGCUGAUUCCUGAUUUGCACUAAAUCAUGUUCACUUCCAAUCUAGGGACUAGCCCUCAGGGGCUCAGGUCCGAUCUGGGGAACAAUAUAAUUCAUUGCAUGAACCAAGAUUUUUUUCGAAUGCCGUUUGUUGAGUUUGUAAAUGUAACUAUUGAAGUUGGUGGAAAUUAGAAUAGUAAACUUGCCCAUCGGGAGAGGGAGAGUGCCUAAACCUUGACAUUUUUAUUAUUGGAUUAAUUCAAUCUAGACUCGAGAAUGUCUUCUUUCUCAGUUUUGACAA